AUGAGGCAGUGGUUUGGCAGUCGAAAAGUCGAGUCACGCACUCCAGGCUACCCGCACUUGAACAUGCGUUCCGCCAAGGCAAAGACCAGCCGGCUCCAGAUCUCUGGCCCUACCGACUUCCGCCAUAUAGAUGGCAGCGGACCACCACCGCCUGUGGCCAUGUCCGCCCCAGCUGCCCGUCCCGUGCAAGUCGACACUCAGUCUGGCCCGACCCUACGCAGGAAACCGGCCUUCCGUCCGUUGCAGCUGUCUAUAUAUACCCCCGAUAACCAACUAUCGCCGCUACCCGACUUCACGAGGAACAGCUGGGACAGGAAGCCGCAAAACCUGGCAUUCCCCGGUCAAGCCCACGUCCGGAACAGGACCGAAUCGACGUGCUCUGAACCGGCUUUCCUUGUGCCCCGGAAACCCAUCCCCUCCUACGUCGAUGGCUGGUUCGGCGACGACGGUGCCGACACCAGAACGAUCGAUAUUCCGCUCCGUCCUGUGGUUGCGAGGUCCAGCACAAUGCCCAUUCUCGAGAGGCCCAAGACGAUCAAUACCGAUCUCUACGCUUCUGGCCGCAAUGCUGCAUCUCCUCUCCCCAUGCCGGCAUCUCCUCUCCCAGAAUCGGGACCUCCUACCCCACGCAUGCGAUCAAAUACGGAACCGCUCAGCUCCUCCCGCAGUCUCCGUAAGAAGCCUUCCUACAGGACACCUCGUGACAGCGUGGAGGAUGCCAUCAGCGAGCUCAACUCGAUUGUCGAGGAACGCCGCGCGAUGAAGGCCGCAUCGAACUCUCCGAAGCAGCAUCACGUCCCGGCUCUUGCUCCCAACUUCAAGAUGCAUGUUCGCUCCGAAACUCUGUCGGACAUUGGAUCUGCACUUUCCGUUCCCUUCAGUUCGAAGCCGCUCCCUUCCGUCCCGCCUUCGCCUGUUGUCGAGAGCGGAAUUUCUUCCACAUACGACUCCCCAGCCAUGCCGUCCCUCAGCAACUCUCAAACCGACCUCCUUAUCCGCUUUCCCAACCCGCCCGCCCCGAUCGGCGCCAAUCGUAGCAACACCCCGAAAUCCCGCCUUGCGUCGUUCAUGCAGCGUCGCCGGAAUAACGGCUCCGUCGACACCCUUCGCACUUACGCCUCCUCGAAUCUCACUCACAGCCGCACCGCCACAGAUGAUACCCUGAACUCGUUCGCCUCUUCUAUCACCGCCACUUACACGGAUCCCUUCUACCACGGCCCUUCUGUUGCCGCGCUUCAGUCCGAGGCGUCAUACUGCCCGUAUUCCUCGCCAUCUCUCGCCUCCACUGCCGCCACUUGUCCUACCAACUCCACCCUCUCUCUGCCGGACACCAUCUCGACGAUCCGUGAUUAUGUCGACGAUGAAGAGGCGGAUGAUGACGAUUCAGACGCCCGCAGCUCUACUCCCGACACAGUCGUGUCUGUGGCCCCUGCGCCGCUACCUGAGGGCGUGAAUACUCGCAGCCUUGGUGUUCCAAGCUUUGGUGUCGCACUGGAGCUGCGUGAGAGGCAGGGCAAGAGCUGGAGCGCUGUCGUGGAAGGAAUGGACGACAAGAAGAUUGAGAGUGGUGAAAGGAUGCCGAACCCUCCCGAGUAUGUCGAGCUCGAAUUUGAAGAGGGACCACGCGGACGAUCCGUGUACAGCGGAGUUGGUGUUGCGUUCUAG